GGCACUCAUUCACAAAUCGCAAGUUAUACAUGACAAAACAUUAGUUCGUGGCAAUGAUCUACGCUCUCAUGCAUUACCUUGAAAUAGUGGAAACUGAAUACAAUAACAAACAGUGGUGGUAUAGUGACAACUGGUGUGACAGUCAUUCCCCGCGCUUUGAGCAUCAGCAGAGAUAACACGAGUCCUUCGGCACAGUGCAUUGAUUAAAAGAGUUUCGCGGUUCCUGACGAGCAAACGCAUUCAGUCAAUUCGAAGAGAACGACGUUAGCAGACGAAUAGACAAGACACGUUUUAAGAAGUUAUAGAAAGAAGACAUUUCCAUAAUGGCAACUGUACAAGCCGCGCCUUCGAGCCUGCCUACUCCGAUCCCCAAACAGGAGAGCAAAGAUCUGGACAUCAUGGCGCUCACCAUGGCUGCGCUCCGACUGGUCAACCCUUGGACCGUCGAGAAAAAGGCCGACAAAUGGUCGGACAGUUCUGAACCCGGGGCGCCCGAUGCGAAAGACCGCAUCAUCUCCCUGGAAGAAGUCGCCCUGCACGACACGCCUCAAGACUGCUGGGUGGUCAUCUACGACCGCGUGUACGACAUAACUACUUUCCUUUAUGAGCACCCUGGUGGAGCAGACGUGAUGCUGGAAUACGCGGGGCAAGACGCAAGCACCGCGUUCAGGAGUUCAGGCCACAGCCGCCACACCGGCAAGACCCUGGACCGGUUCCUCGUGGGAGAGCUGCCCAUGCACGAACGCAUGUACCGGCGCCCCGGCGGCAUGCGACUCAGCGACAUACCUGACUAACCGGUAGACUAAUCACUUGAAACCACGAUGUGUUCCCACCAAUAGCGAUUACAAGCACACGAUAUUUUUUCUACAGCGAUUCACGUUCAGAACUAAGGUUCUAUAAAAGGUAAAUAAGUCUGAGUAGACGACAUAUUGAUGUUUAUUUCAAUCCAAGUGACUCUUGUCACCAAGUUCAAACUUGAAGUGCAUAAUAUCAUAAACAAUCGCAAAAUAGAGCAUAGUUGUCGUUAAUGUAAUUAAACCGCAAUUAAUUUAAGUUUAUCAAUAACUUUUCAUGUAGCAAGACUUAAGUGUUUGUUAACCUUACUCAGUAAUGUCAGAUGAUAGCGAGCGCUCUGUUUAAAGGUAGAUAUUUGUACCUUAUUCCAACCUACCCAGUGUCUUAAUUGAAUUAUGUACCUUUGUUUUUGAUGUCUGCUCUGCUGAGACAGAGUAGCAAUUUAGUAUUGUAUAACUUAUAGCUUUUGCAUUUAUUUUAUUAGUUUAUAAUUAUUUUUACUACUUAGUUAUAGUUCAGUAUUAAUUCCUCACGCUCUCUUACGAAAAUUGAUAGUGUUUGAAGAAAGAAUGUAAAACUUUACAUGAAUAUCGAAUUAUGAUUAAUUUGAUAUGAAUGUGUUAAUACUUAAAUUUAAAGUUCCUAAUAGUUUUAUUUUGUGAAAUAAAUUUUUCUAAUGAUUUCA